AUGCGUGCUGGGACGAGGCCCGUGGCGCGCGCUUUGCACCGGCCAACAUCGGUAUGUCUGCCGCUUGCGCGUGCACACGCUUGUGCAACACGGCGAUUUGCACAUACUGGAAAAGAAGAGGGAGCGCCCAAGUCGAUGGAUUUGCCUUCGGCAGCGCCUGCGGGCACCGUGUUCAAAGGCUUAUCUAUCUACAAGAACCAACCGGAUCCUGUGGCACUGCCUGAUAGCGAAUACCCGCCAUGGCUUUGGGAACUGCUGGAGGACCCCGCAGUAAAGCCGACCAAGACGCUCAUGGUGGGUGAUAUUGAUACAACCGGCCUUUCCAAGGGUGAAGCUCGUGCGGCGCUCAAGCGCAGUGCAAAGGUUGCGCGUGCACAUGUCCGGCGCCAGCAGGAGAAGGAGGCGAAAGAGGCGGCUAAGCUAUUGAGCAUGUCGGCCGCACAAAAAGCUGCAGUCGCGGCGCGCGCGGCUGCGAAGGCUGCUGAGGAUGCGCGGCCCAAAACGGCUGUUGAAGUCGCUGGCCAAGAGAAGGAUGCUAGGCGUGCGCUACGCAAAAAGAAUCGCGCUGCGAUUAAAGCAAAUAACUUUGUCCGGUCUACAUAA